AUGUUGGUGAAGGAAGUUGCGGACAAAAAUGGGGGAGAAGGUGUCGGAAUCACCCUUGAGAUGGGCUUGCCACAACAGGUGGUGGCCAGGGACCAACACUCAGAGCCGGUCUUUGGGGUGGUGGCCCCCGAACUCCUUCAAGAUAUGCUUCUGCUAAUGGCCAAGGAGAAUGAACAGGGUUUACGAGAGCUGUGUGAUGAGACCGGCUGCUUCAAGGAGACCCGGGUAGUGGAGUUUGUGUUUCUUUUGUCUGAAAAAUGGAGCCUGCCUGAACUUGCAAGAUACCAAGCAAUUGAAAUAUUUGAAAGGUUCAUGCUUACGCUUACUCAAGAGUUCUCAAUUUCCCCUAGAACAGAGGAGGAAGAAAGCAACUGGGUCUCCAUGAGACAGCAGAUUGUUGACACAUAUGUGCUACGCCUGGUCUCCUGCAUCCAGCUAGCCAGCAAACUUUCCUUCCACUACAGCAUAGUCAACAACACCAUGGCCCUGAAGUUCUUGCAGUCUGUGGGUUUCUCCUAUAUCGCGGAGGACUUGCUGGAAUCAGAACUGACGAUUCUGAAGGCUCUGCAUUUCCAGAUCAAUGUUCCAACCCCUUUAGCUUUCACCGAGAUGCUUUUGGAGGUUUUAGGGUAUAAUGGCUGCUUGCUCCCCAUGGAACAGAUGCAUGCCAUGUGCCGACAUCUGCUGGUUUUAACGUACGUCCUGCGGGUCAGCAUCUACAGCACCCUGCUGAAGGCUUCAAUUGAAAACACAUCGCCAAAUGAACUCCAGCUAGGCAAGUUUGCAGCAGUGAAAGAAGAUCUGAUGCUGUUGGCUGUGGGAGUCAUUGGGGCAAGCGCUUUCCUGCUCCACACUGAAGUCUGGAACCAGGUUGCAGAGAACCUCAGUGACAUCACCGGCAUCACCCCACAAAGCAUUGCUGAGAUAGUCGACACGAUCUUGAAGCACAGCAUCGACCAUGCAGUGGAAGAUGGCUAA